AUGAGCAGGUUCACAGCAUUUGACGCUUUUUUGGACGACGACAAUACCCCGUAUAUUGGGAUAAACACAUUGCUCGAGAUGGAUGUGACCGGGGAGGAGGAGACCCCAACAGAAACAGGAAAUUCAGGCGAUUUGUUUACAAAGUUUUCAAACUCACAAUCGUCUUCAGACGAUGCUGAAGACGAGAAGCAAGACGAGGAAGUAGCACUCUUUACGCCGAGUGGAAGAUUCACACCUGAAAUUACCGAAAAGCCUUUCGCGUUGAAAAGAGAGACGCCCUCUGUCGAUUUUGUGAGAAUGAAAAAAUCACCAAGUCUUAGCAUCCAGAAAAGAGGCCCACAAAACUCUUUCACUUCUUCGAUGCCGAAUUUCCCAUAUGUCGCGCCGUACUUUUUCAUGUCCCCGAUUAGUCACAACUUGAGCGUAGAAAGUCAGACCGAACACCAACAGAAACAGGUCAAAUAUGGAACAAAACCAUGCAUUUUCUUUAUGCAGAACGGCUAUUGUAAGAAAGGAGAUAACUGCACGUUUUCGCAUGACGUGUCGACAACACACAGCACAAACACUUCGCCACAAAAACAGUUUGUUUCGGUCGAUAAACUGUACAGGACAAAGCCGUGCAAAUACUUUUUCGAGACAGGCACGUGUAGAAAGGGUGAGCACUGCAACUUUUCACAUGAUUUGAGCCUUCGAGAUGAAUAUUUGAAAGGGAACUACUAG